AGCUAAUUUAAGUUUAUAGAAGUACAAAUAUUAAUCUACUCCUACAGGUUUUUGCCCUGUCCCAUGAUGUAAAUAAUUUUAUUUGAAAAAAAUUAAUUCAAUGUUUUUAAGAUACAAUGGCUUUGGAAUGCUACGUUUUUUGCUUAUUUAAAACAAAAAGAAAAAAAUGCAAAAAUGUGAAAGAAGCUAAAAAAAGAAAGAAAGAAAGAAAAAGGGAAAUCUAUAAAAAAUUGAAAGGAGCUCAAAACAAUUGGAAUCAUAUCUAUAAUAAAAUAAAAUUUGUAAAAUGUUAGAGAAUCCCAAAAUUAAAUUGGAAAUGUUGUUUUCUAAAAAUCUAUUGAGGCUGAUGAGAAGAAUGUUUCAAACUGUGGGUAAAAAAAAUUAAAACCCACCAAUAACUUUAUGUAGAUUUUAAAUCAUAAUCUGUGUUAAAGUGAUUUUUUUUUGUUAAAAAUGUUUUUAAAUCUUUUUUUUUUUAAGUAGCUAAAAUUUUCAGUAGUGUAAUUUUUUCCAGGAAAUGUUUGGGACACAAAUUCACUAAACACAAAUUCUGAGUUUGGACACCUCUGUGGUUUAGUCGGGAGGGGGCGCUGUUGCACAGAUUUGACAAGAUCUCCAGACUGAUCAUCCAGAAACAGUUGUUUCAGAAAAAUGCUUCCUGCAGCAAUCAGAGAUCCUUUUUGAUCUUCAUGAUGUCUUUGAUCCCCUCGUUGCUUUAAAGUUUCCUUUGAUCUUUGUUUUUACUUUUAUCCAUUUUAUUUGUUUUUAUUAUGUUGUUUAAUUUUGUUUAAUCCCAGUGUUUUUCUAGCGGGAUCCUCCACAUCAGUGACUAAACCGAAGAGGAUCGAUCUAGUGGGGGGAUCACUUUGAUCUGGCGGUGGCGGCUCCUUUGAUCUCCAAAUUAGGAUUCUCUCACUUCACCAUCAGGCCAAAUUUCUAUUUAUGCUCUCAUUUAUUUUGUUUGUCUCAAUGUUUUGAGGGGUUCCCUCUUUUAUUUUUGUUGUUGUUUGUGUUUUCUAACUGUUUUUCAUCCCAAGAGGAUGAGCUGUGUUUAUGAAUAAAGUUUUGAUUUUGAAUUGAGUGGACCUGAAGCGUCUGACAUGGGUUUUGUUUUUCUUUCGGAAGCACUGAUGGUGAAAUCAGCGCAGCUUCCAGAUGUGUGCGUGUUAUUUUUAUUUUUUUAUUUUUUCCUUGACGCAGCUUCUUAGCCAAUCAGCGUCCGCGCGGGGGCGUGCCGAGCCCGGGCUGUUGUGGAUGUGGAGAAUGGGACGUUUAUCUCGCACAUUCAUCAGGGGCAUCCCGGCGGGGGGGAGCUGAUCCGGCUGAGAGGCUCCGCGGAUUCGGCGCGUGGCGUGAAAAAGGGAAGACAGGAGGCGCGGCGGGGUGGCGGAGCGACACGGAGGAGGAGGAGGAGGAGGCGCCUUGUUCUGGGAGAGGUUCGGUCCUCCCCGCUCCCACAUCCCGAGCUGCGCUCGCCACAUCCGCCACAGAGGUUCUGGUCCCGGCGCUUCCUGGUGGCUCGCGCUCGCUCGCGGCUCCUUUGUCUGAUCUCUGCUCUCCGGCUGCGCGCGCGCGCCCCGCAGCACACCUUCAUAUUCGUGAUGGAGCGGAAAUGGAAACACGCGCAGACGUAAGCUGAACCCCAGCAUCUUCGAGGCCGGCACGCGCCGCCUGGUGGACCCACGCGGCUGCGAGUUGACAGGAGGUCACACCUGUGGUCAGGUGCAGGGGGUGCUUUUUUCUAAGGAGGCAGUGCGGAUGCACGCGCUCCUUUUUGGCGUGUCAGUCCGGAGCGGAGAGACGUCACCCCCCCGCGAGGAGGAGACGGGGAGCCCCGCGCGUGGCCAAAUCUGGCUCUAAAUCACAGCCGCGCGCGGUAACGGUGGAGGUCAGACGUGGAGGAUCUGCCACUGCCUCCUACAGGUACAACGUUGCAGAAGGUCACCAGGUUGGGUAGGAUGAGGAGGCGAGCUUGCCUCGCCACAAAUGAGGAAUCGGCAUGUUCACACCAGGGCAGAACUCAAGAGCUUGGGCUACAUCUUUCUCCAAGCUGAAGUGGAUGGAGCAUCUCGAGGAGGCCGUGAUCUCCAGGUCAAUGUUCCACUCCUGUUAAAAGCUGCAGAAGCGACGACCCGGAGAGCCUGCAGUCGAAGGACCAGGUGGAUCCGCUGGACCAAUAUCAGCCCCCAUGCAGGCGCGUAAAAAGUAUGUCCUGCUCGGGCUGUGUGCGUGCUGCUGGGUGCUGCUCUUCUACUGGGGCGGAGGAGUUCAGCUCCGCCUGCUGCGUCUACUGGUGCGCCAGCGAGGGGAUUUGGUGCGUCCCUGGCCCAACUGGACCGACCGGGCAUUCUUGUCUCGCUAUGCCCAUUUGGAUGACCUGCAGACGGAAACAGGGAUUGCCGAGUCCCCACGCCAGCGCCGGCAGACGUGGUCGGCCAUCUACAAAGAUAGUCGCUGCCGAAUGGAGACCUGCUUUGACUUCUCCCGUUGCCGGCGCAAAGGCCGGGAAGGAUUCAGGGUUUACAUUUAUCCCUCGGAGAAGACCGACCGCGUGUCAGAGAGCUAUAGGAAGAUCCUGGCCUCGAUAGCCGAGUCACGCUACUACACCUCUGACCCACGGGAAGCGUGCCUCUUUGUGCUUGGCAUCGACACUUUAGAUCGCGACCAAUUAUCAGGACAGUUUGUGCCCAACAUGGAUGAUCGCAUUCGUGGUUACCCACUGUGGAACGACGGGCGGAACCACCUGAUCUUUAACUUGUACUCAGGCACCUGGCCUAAUUACACAGAGGACCUGGGAUUCAACAUCGGACAGGCCAUCUUGGCCAAAGCCAGCUUGAACACGGAACAUUUUAGGCCGGGCUUUGACGUCUCCAUACCCCUCUUCUCCAAGGAUCAUCCGCAGAAGGGUGGUGAACGAGGCUGGCUGGUGAGGAACAGUACGCCACCGCGAAGGAAGUACCUGUUGAUGUUCAAAGGGAAGCGAUACCUGACGGGCAUAGGCUCCGACACCAGAAACGCCCUCCAUCACAUCCACAAUGGGAAGGACAUAGUGUCGUUGACGACCUGUCGACACGGAAAGGACUGGGAGAAGCACAAGGAUGCCCGCUGCGACCACGACAACCUGGAGUAUGAGAGGUUUGAUUACCAGGAGCUUCUUCACAACUCCACCUUCUGCUUGGUGCCCCGAGGCCGCCGCCUGGGUUCCUUCCGCUUCCUAGAGUCUCUGCAGGCAGCGUGCAUCCCCGUGCUGCUGAGCAACGGCUGGGAGCUUCCGUUUUCCGACGUCAUCCAGUGGAACCAGGCGGUCAUUGAGGGAGACGAGCGGCUGCUGCUGCAGGUGCCGUCCACGGUGCGAGCUGUGGGAAACGCACGAGUCUUGGCACUGCGACAGAGGACACAGAUGCUGUGGGACGCCUACUUCUCCUCUGUGGACAAAAUCGUCCUGACCACGCUAGAGAUCAUCAAGGACCGCGUGUUUUCUCACACAUCGAGGAACAAGUUCAUGUGGAACUCGCUGCCUGGAGGCCUCCUCGCCUUACCAGAGUACUCCUCUCACCUGGAGCACUUCCCCUUCUACUACCUGGGGUUAGGCCUCAGUCCUUCUCAGGAGUUCACCGCCGUCAUCCAUGCCGUCUCGCCACUGGUGUCCCAGUCCCAGCCAAUCAUGAAGCUGCUGCAGGUGGUGUCCAAGUCCAAGUACUGCUCACAGAUCAUCAUUGUGUGGAACAGCGAGAAGCCGCAGCCCAGCCGGAGUAAGUGGCCCCCCAUGCCCGUUCCCCUCACCGUGACGGACGGCAGGAGGAAGACCACCAGUCGGUUUCUACCUCACGUUGCCAUAGAAACAGAGGCAGUACUGAGUCUGGAUGAGGACACAGUUCUUUUGACCAGUGAGGUGAACUUUGCCUUCCUGGUGUGGAGGAGCUUCCCAGAUCGGAUCGUGGGGUACCCGUCCCGGAGCCACUUCUGGGACCCCCUGAGGCACGCCUGGGGCUACACCUCUAAAUGGACCAAUGAGUACUCCAUCGUCCUGACGGGGGCCGCCUUCUACCACAGGUACUACCACCACCUGUUCUCCCACUACCUGCCCCAGUCACUCCGCAUCCUGGUGGACCGCACCUCCAACUGCGAGGACAUCCUGAUGAACUUCCUCGUGUCUUCUGUGACUCACUUGCCGCCCAUCAAGGUGGCUCAGCGGAAGCAGUACAAGGAGCUGCCCGGCCCGCAGGGCACGAAGAGCGCCCCCUGGGCGAGCUCGGAGCACUUCAAUCAGAGGCAGGAGUGCGUCAACACCUUCGCCAGCUGGUUUGGCUACAUGCCUCUGGUCCACUCGCAGCUCCGCCUGGACCCGGUGCUCUUCAAAGACCAGGUCUCCGUCUUCCGCAAGAAGUACAAAGACCUGGAGCGGAUCUAAUGAAACUGAGCUUCAAAAGAGGAAACACUCGUCUAGUGGCCUUUAGGACGGACAAUGGAACGGUCCACAGAGGACUGACUUGAAGGGUCCAUUUGUGCCUGGUGGUCUUUUCAGAAGGAAUAAGGGGGUGAAUGAAAAACUUCUAGAGGAUCCUAAAUCCAGACGGGCGAUGAAUCAAGAAACAAAUUAAAUAAAUGAAGGAGUUUUUGUGAACAGGAAGUGAUGAUUCCAUCCUACGGACUCGAGCAGAGCAGAGACUGGAAACGCACCAUUCCAACUGACAUGCUGGCAGUGAAGACAAAUAAAAUGGUUUUAACUGCAACGUCAGUUUUUUUUUUCUUUUUUUGGAGGGGGUUGACAAACUUAACCAAAACAAAAACAAACUAGGUUUUAUUCAGAGGUGAAAGGUCAACUGAUCCACGCAUCCAUACGGGAAAAAGAAAAAAGAAUGAAGACUCCAUGGUAAAAACACCACAUCAUUUCUAUGACCUCAAGAAUAGCAAGGUAAAGAUUAGACUCUUGUGUCUCAUUUCCACUGAGCGGUCCAGAUCUGUAGGGAGGAGUUACUGUCGUCACAAGAUGAAAUCCACUGAUUGGCGGAGAGGUAAUACGACACCAAAAAAGCAUCCAACCACCGCCAACGUUUCCAAACAUUUAGUUGCUAUCUUUGAGGUGGUUGAAAAUAAUAUUAAAGUCUUUGCAUAAAUGAAAUACUACAACCCAAAUAUAAAAAAAGGAACUUUCGCAUGACCUGCGUUGUUGUUGUCAUUACCUUGCAGUGUUGUCACACAGCUACAAAAAACAUAACACUGCUUUAUCUUUAGAAGUGUCAGUGUCAAUGUCUAAAGUAUUUAGACCAAGUUUAAAGAGAAACCAAAGUCGUAAAGUCCAGUACUGCCAGAAAAACCUGUGCUAUAUUUUCUGAAAAAGAGCUGAAAUA